ACUAAGAGCCAGCAUCUUGUAAUCGACUUAAUCCACAGGCUACACACAGACACGACACGACCUCCUUGUUGUUUCACUAGUGCGCGACACUUAGCAUGUAGUAAUUCCCAUUCAAUUUCGCAAUAAGAUUUGAUUUGUCGAAACUAGUUGUCCUGAAUGAUACCCUUCGCGACCUCCACAGAAGUAUCUUUUGUCGUUCAGCGCAAGGACGUACUAGUCGUAGAAAAUUUAUUUGGGACGUCGACGCCAUCUCUUUGUAUCGCAAACGCACAGAACUCUGACCAAGUUGUCAUCCUCUGGUCGGGUAGUAGUUCACUUGGAAUGUAUUCUUGUCGACUUGAAAUUUCGAGGAAUUCCCAGCACUAAUAAAGGGUCUUGCAAGAAAGUGCUGGAUGCGUAUUUUGUUGGUAUUGAUAACCGCACAAGCAAAGAAAAAAAUCCUUCUCCCGUCCUACUUUCACAGAUCGUGUGAGAGCAGUUUCUGAAGAGGAUCAUACUUCUUUCGAGGAAACAUUAAACAAGCAAACAUCUACUUGGAUGAAAAAUUAAAAAAAACUUCCCAGUACAGUUGAGUACUUUUGACAACUCCAGCACGCGCCAGCGAUUCCUGCUAGUGCACUUCUUGCGACGUGUGCGUCUCCGAUACAACUAGGGGGAUCAGUAGAUUAUACGGAGCUGCACAUCAGGAGCAGUUGCAGUUCACCACGGCGGACUCCGAAAGUAAUACUCAUCGCAGCGGCAGCACAAAGUAGCGACAAGACAGCAGUGCACCAGCAGCUUGACAAAGAAGUUACUUACUCCCGACCUCUUGGUUCCACAACGAAAUCGCCGGAGCGACGAGGACGGAAAAAAGCAACUCUGCUGAUGCAGUGGUUGAGUGAACAAUAUUAAUUGAAAGCAAUCCGCCUGUGCCUGUGGUGCUACAUCGCCGCUCAUAAAUAAAAGAAGUACAUCUCGCAACAUUUCGUCGCCGAGCACGUCAAAAAUUCGAAUUCCUCUUCACCACGUCGACGGACCACCAGGACACCACCUUUUACAUAGGACGAAGAAGAGCGAUAUAGAAGUACCGGUCGCUGACCCUGACGCCCUGUUUUGGUUUUCCUCGAACAAGUGCCACCAUCAGUAACAUCAGCGACCAAGUGUUCCUCACACCUGGUCCUCGUGCCAGAACAACAUCUAGUCGGACGAAACUGGAAGUAGAAGGAAGAGAAACAAGAAUAAGACCACGACCAAUUUCUCGAUACGACUCGUCCUGCAGACGGACGACAAGUACUCUUAGUUCUACUUGAAUACCGACAACAACUCCAUCUUCAAGUGAAGAACAAGGAAAAAAUCGACAAUGACCGGCGCGGACGCGGCUACGAAGUCCCCCAGCGCGGGAGCGCAGGACAAGCAAGCCUUGAGCGGGGAGGACAUUACCGCAAUGACGACCAAGGCGAUUGAUGAAGAAGAUUUCGCCUCCGCACUGAGUGAUCUACCCGAAGAAGUGCGGAAGUAUCCAAGAAGAAUAUAAAGUGCUUCUCUGUGUUGUACUUGUAAGUAUUUCACAAAUGUCUGCUUUUCUACAACAUGAUGAAAAAAAUUGCCAUGCGCCGGUCGUCCUUCCUCGGGAAAGAUAAAAACACGGCUAAACAUCCCCGAUUGUCUUGCAACAUGUAGUUUUGUAAAUAGCAAGGUAAACGACCCCUCUGUGCAACUGCAUCUCAUUGUCUCUCUCCUGCAUCACAAGUUUACAGUGAAGCAGCUUUUUCUUGCGAUAGACACCGAAUUGAGUGCAUUCGGCUCGUCAUCCCAAAAUUUCAGUCCGCAGAGCCGGAGGACCAACAGGUACUAGAUUGAUAUUUGUCAACUUGCAAUUGUAAGUACCUACUAGGUGAUGGUUCUUGAUGAAAACUUUUAAUUUUUGUCCUUUAUCGCCAAAAAAUUUCAUUGAUUCUACAAAAUCGUGACUCCAUAUAGAACUGCAUUUAAGUACUCUCGCGAAAAUGAAGAAAACGCAUUCAGGCCGUGAUUGAGGUUUGUAUUCUUGCAUGAAUUUUUUAUAAACUCACCAUUAGCUCGUGAUUGACGUGUUGGCUGUUUGUUUUAUUUGAAAAUACAUCAUACCGUCGGUUUUCAAAUUUUCAGAAUCUGAAUCACAACGGUAUGAUGCACUUUCACUGCGGCGAAACUUGCAGCUUUUGCAGCAUUCACGCGCAGAUGCGUUUUUUCGCAUGAGAACCGCGAGUUCCGUCGUUAUUCGCAUAUUUUUGUCAAAUGAAAAUAAGAAACACGUACAAAAAUGAGAAAACGCAUUUCUUGCAGUUGAAAAUUCAAUCAGGUUAUCAUCGAGUGUUUUCCGAUGAUGAAGAAAAUCGUCUUGCCCGAGGCGGUAAAGUUGGUAACGGAUAGGUUAGUUUCCUGGCUAAACGACGUCGAGACGAACAAUUUCGGCAGUGAAAAAGAAGCCAAUUCCAUGGUACAAUUUUUGAGUUUCCUUUUGGGGGUAUUGUGAAAAAAGGAUGUUGUAGUGUCCGCUACUCAAAAAAUCGCACCUUUGAUAGAUCGUACCACCAUGCGAACAAAAAUUUUAUCGACAAGCAAGAAUCUCGAUAAGAAAAGAAAAGUGUUGGAAAAAAUCCCAUUUACCAAUAUUACGCAAUUUCAAGACCAGGAGAAAAUCAACAUUUCUAAAAAACAGCAAAAGCGCCUCCAAGAGUUGAUGAAGGAGAUCUCGGGGUCCGCACUUCUCGCGUUCGCCAAGGAUGAUGACGACUACCAGAGAAAAACGCGUUUCUUCUUUGCCCUGGGUUGCUCCAUCAGCCUAGGGAGGUCCGGCCCCAAACCGCUCCCGGCGUUGAAGAAGGUGCCCAUCUUGCAAACGUGGUGCCAGCGGUUAACGGACCAUUAUUUCAAAAUGCCGGAGGAUUUAACUGCGGAACAGCAAAAGGUGGUGAAAAAGCAGGGCGGAAAUAUAGUCGAGGCGUGGCUGCGGGGAAGGUAAGAUGACUUGACUCUUGGCAUACGUAUCUAUACUAGAAGUAAAAUUUUUUACUUGGGCGGUUGCACCGUGUUGAUAGUGAUGUGAUCUUGCGUACCUACUGAAAAAGAAAACUGCAAGAAUUUUGACCAAAGUUCAUCAUCUCCAUCAAAAAUAAAAUCAUGAUGAGAAAAUAAAACCUCCCUCAGGCGCAAUCGCACAUUUGCACUGUGGAAGCUCGCCCUGCAGCAGAUCUGCAAGGUAUACGAACUGAAGGCCCAGUUGUGCGUCGAUUUUCUCCGGUGUUUCGACGGCGAGAAGGGACGGGUGCUGGAAGGCCAGAAGCACAUAUGGGACGCCUCACCAGGGAAGAUAAAGCUGUGCGCGGGCGAAAGGAAUCCACUCUUCAUCGCCUUUCACGAGUUAGUAAAGAAGGAGUGCGUGGAUAAACCGGUAUAGAUUUGAUAGAUGUUUAUGUUCUUCAUCUAUCUUCUUAUGUGUGGAAUGCAAGACAGUGCAUGGCAAAAUUGGUUUGUGUUGCAAGACAUAGUACAUGACACAAGAAAUAAAAGCGAAAAACAACAAUCAUUUUCAACAGUGCGCUUCCUUUUACAAGGACUAUCUGCAGAGCCUCCCCGCGUUCUCCAUCGACCUACCCAAGUUUGUGAAGCUGCUCACCCAAGCCCUGGGGAAGGAAAACAAGGAUUUUUUUCAAAUCGAGGCGGCAACCGACGACCAGAUGUUUGUGUCAUUAACCGAAUCCGGCAAAGCGAAGCUGCACGAGAUCAUGCUGAAACUGAACCCCAACGCCGUCGUCCCCAUGGCGGGAAACAAGGGGGGCCCCGGAGGACCGAUGAUGCCACCGCUACCCGGCGGAGCAGGCCCGUCGCCGAACAGCAUGAAGGGCCCGUCAAUCAUGCCCCAGGGCAUGCAGCAGCCGAAGGGCAUGCCGACCCCGCGGCUUUCCCCCGAAAUGGAUCCCAGCAAGGGCUGGGGCGCACCAAAGGGCAAGUGGGGGAAGUCCCCGAGGCACUGGCCGAAAGGGCCGGAUGCUUGGGGCAAAGGCGGAAAGGACCACGAUUGGAACAGUUCGGGCGGGAAGGACGGCUGGGGUGGAAGUAGUAAUCCCAAGGGCGAUAACUACUACAACCUGAAAGGCGGCGGCCCGUUUGACAAGUGGCACAACAAGUCCUUCGACAAGCACAGUAACUCCGGCAAGGAAAGCAGUUCCUGGGGCGGCGGCGGCAUGAAGGGUGGACCGGGCAGCAUUAGUAAAGGACCCACCAAUCCAGCCCUCGCCGGCUUACACCCCGAAGCGGGGAAUCUACCUCCCUACGUGAUCGAGUUCCUGCUCUCGAAGGGCGGUCCCGAGGGCGUGGACAAGUUGCUGCAGAAGGGAUUUACGCAUUGAAAAAGUAUAAUCUUCGCACUACUGUAUAGGAACUGCAGUUGAUGAUCUGCAUGAGCAAACAGAACUGCUUCAUUCUAAUUCUAAGCUGAAUCUGCAUGACACAACAGUCGAUUUUUGUUUUUGAGAACAGUUUUCGUAUAUUAAAAUCUCUUUUGCAAGCAGUCGUGCGGUACUACUUUUUCACUGCACAAGUUUCGACGAGCAGCAAAACAUCAUACAAGCCAUCGGCCAGAAGAGCAAACAAGGACUAGGAAAAGGCAUGGGGCUAUCAAAUGUAAAAUUGUCUGGGUCUGGAAGGAUGUAACUUGUGAUGCGCAUUUCAGAACACACAAAAAUCUCUGAUACAUAGGCAGCAAAAGCUGCUCACUUUCUGUCACCAAUGUGGGGGAUUUGUCAUGCGGAUUCGGCAUUGCGGAAGCUUCUCGAAACCUGUGAUGCUAGAGCUUCCAUGCCAGACCUUCUGUGUCAUGCAGAAACAGCAUGACUCUUCCAGACCCAGACACUUUUACAUUUGAUAGGGGCCGGAAGGCGGACCCGAUUUCGGGAACAUGAAGGGCGGCUUUCUCGGCGGGGGGAAAUCAAUGUCCAGCAACCCAAUGGGCGGCGGCGGUGGACCAUCAAAUGCUCCGGUGCAGCUGCAGCUGAUGGAGACGGACCGGAACUUUCUGAGCAAGGAGAGGGUACGGGAACUGAUUCAGCAGCCGGAGGCGUUGAAAUUUGAAAUCGCGCGACUUCGUGACCUCAACGACAAGGAGGCAGUGAAGGAUCUAAUGGAGAAAGUGAAGGCAGAGGGAGCAGACAUCAUGUCCAUCUAUGCAUUUUUGCAAAAGUAUUUAGAAAUAAUAUCGCUCUAGCAGGCAUUGCUUUGCAAUCACAAUUCCGAAGAGGUGGACGAGGAAAAGAUAUGAAAAAACUGUAAUUAAUGCGGAUUUUGUGCAGAAGCGAGGUUUGUCUUUACUUUCAUGUAAAAUAAACUGCACUGUCAGGGUACUACGCCUGCGAAAAAUGCGAUAUUAAAGUAGAUGCUACUUUUGCACAGGAUACCCAUAUCCAGAGUACGAACACGAACAACACCCCGUCCGGGCCGGCCGAAGCGGAGAAAGCCCAGCUGCGGCAACUGGCGGGGAAGAUCGGGGGCAAGAAGGGGGAGAUAAUAAACGCGGCGGUAGACCAGGGCAAAGGGAAAAACUUCGUCAUGGACGCGAUCAAGGCUAUGAACUGCAAAAGUAUCGUACUCGUAGUAAUCGCAGUCAUGCAUUGCAAAUUUCUUUGUCAAGUUAAAUCCGCAUUACAAAUGUUAUUUCUCAUGCUGAGGAAAUUUGUCAUGCGGUUUAUACUAGUGCGAUGCUUUUGUAUUUCAUAACGGCGUUUGAUAAACAAAUGGGCGCCGCUAUCCUGAGUAAAAACGUACCCACACCAGAGUCAGGAUGGGGAUUUUGCAACACAAACCUAGGAGUUUUGUGA